ACCUAAAAAGUAUUCAAUCUUCUCGUUGAAGUUUUUGAGAAAUAAGUUAUCAAGAAAAAGAAAGAGACAGGAGUAUUAAAAAUAAAAAGGGUAAAAUACGAAAGGUUCUUAAGCAAGUUUAUAUUUAUAACGAAAAACAAAAGCAAAACCAAAACUCACAAGUAACCCAAAAAGAAAAAAAAACUGAGAGGGAAAGAAAAAAAAAUGAUGAAGACAAUGAUGAUCUUCGCGGCGGCGAUGACAGUGAUGGCUUUGGUUUCGGUUCCGGCAGUUAAAGCACAAACUGAGUGCGUGAGCAAACUAGUCCCUUGCUUCAACGACCUGAACACGACAACAACGCCGGUUAAAGAAUGUUGCGACUCGAUUAAAGAAGCGGUGGAGAAGGAACUUACAUGUCUAUGUACAAUCUACACCACUCCUGGUUUGCUCUCUCAGUUCAACGUCACCACUGAUAAAGCUCUUGGUCUUAGCCGUCGAUGCAACGUCACCACUGAUCUCUCCGCUUGUACCGCUAAAGGAGCUCCAUCGCCAAAAGCUUCUUUACCUCCUCCAGCUCCAGCAGGGAAUACCAAAAAAGACGCCGGAGCUGGGAACAAGCUCGCCGGUUAUGGAGUCACCACCGUGAUCUUGUCUUUGAUCUCAUCUAUCUUCUUCUGAAAUCCUUAACCGGAUUUAUACGGUUUUCCGAUUGUUAACCCGGUUUAUUAUUAUUAGCUCAAUAAUUCACGAGAUUUGUU